AUGGUGUUUUUUAUUAGAGUCGCGGCAAAUGUGCGCGGGGGCAAUCGCAACAUUCGUUUGCGGUUUUCGUCGCACCCGACGUUGUGCGAAUUGGCCUGUGCGACGGAGUCGUACUUCAUGACGGCUGUCCCGCAGGGGCAGUCAUCCUUUCAGCUGGACGCGAUGAUGUUGUUUGAUGAGUUUGCCCUCCGCUGGGUGGAGCUGUACAGUGCCGCGCAGCUUUCAACCGACUGUCAGGUGUACGCCUUUGCGAAGCGCGGAAUGGGCCGCCCCGUGCAGGACCGGCCGCCACGACCGGAAAUGAGCCGAAGGAGCGUCCGUGCGGACAGGGAGGUGAUCCCGCCGCCAGGCAAAACCGUGGCGUGCAUCGCAUCCUUAAAAGAUGGCACUUCGCUGUUUUCCUUUUCUCUCGAUGCCACGGAGGAUGGGGUGUUAACUGACAUCGGCGAAAGUGCUGCGGACGAGGAGGACGCCUGUCGUUGCCGGCGCUGUGCGCCCAUCACGGGCUCUCUGGACGCUUUGGGGAGACACAACGCACGGCAUGGCGAUCGAAUCCGCACCGUUUUUGAUGCGCUCGACGCGCAGCAGAAGGGUUAUUUGCUGUUCACAGACCUGAAACGCGCUGUAGAUGCGCAGCGUAGGGUCUUUAUAAACUAUUCCGCGAAGACGCUUAUGGCACUGGCGGAUCAGGACGAGGAUGGGCGUGUGUCCUACAAGGAGUGGGCGAGUUUUGCCGUCUCGCACCCGGCGGUGGUGGACGCGUUUUUUGAUGCCUUUGCCCAACUGUCGAGACGACGUGCGCCGGGCGGGAGUCGUGCUCACGCACCGCAAGCAUCAUGGUCGUCUCUGACGACUUGUCCUCUGUCUAUGGAGGCAUAUGAGCGGUCAAGGGCCGUAUUAACGCACGAAGAGGCACGGCUGGCAGCAGAUGCAGUGAGACUUAAAGCACUGCGAGAUGCUUGGGAAAAGAGCGGUGUGGGAAGGAGAAAGAGAAGAGGCACAACAACGGAGAGUACCCGUCAGUCAUGGCGCGUGCACUCCGUCCUUUUGUACUGA